AUGAACCUGCAACAGCAAUACGUGCAGCUGUUGCAAGCACAGACAAGGACGGAAAACACGACGUUCAUCAAGACCAGACCGGACAGAAAAGCCAAGCGGAGGAAAAACGUCAUCGAGUCCUCUACCGAUUCGGACGACAUCGCUGGACACCCCGAAGGAGAUUUCGCUGCUCCCCCUAUCUACGCCGGAGAAGAAGACGUGGAGAUGAGGCAAGUGGCGGAGGAAGAGGAGACCAAGAGCACCAGAUACAAGGUGCUCAAGGAAAUCCUCAAGGAGGGUAUGCCAUCGGCGAUUAGGCCAUUAAUCGGAGGUCGCAAUAAAGUGAUCGACGAGGCCUGGACACCGUCGACGGCAAAGGAAGAAGGCGCCGAGGAUAGCCGCGAUGCGGAGAUUAGGAGGCUCGCGGAAAUGGUCGAGGAGCUCUCACAACGGGUGAGGAGCCAGAACCAGAGCGAGCAACCCGGCAAGAGGAAGAAAGAGCCACCAGCUGCGAAAAAGGGAGGAAAAGGUGUGACGCAAAAAGCCCCCGCGACAGCGGCGACUAUCGCGACACCUGGCAGCGGAGUUACCGGAGGGAAAAAACCUGUCCCCUCCGCUCCGACAUCCGCUGCUAAAACCACGGCCGUCGAGCUCUGGUCAACCGUGACAAAGAAGGGGAAGAAAGUGAACGCCAAGGCAGGCGCUCCCACUUCCGCUCCUAAACCGCUCCCGGGCGGCACCGGGACUCCGAAGCCGGCUCCCACCCCUUCUGCGAGGAGAACGGGUGCCGUGACAAAGAAGCCGGCUCCCAAACCCGGAUCAGGCGUAACGAGCAAGGGUGGAAGCAGCGGCACGAACACUGGCUCAGCCGCGAAGCAAACCCCGAAAGCGAGGACGGUUUCCCGUACGGCGGCUGUCAUACUGACAUGCCCCGACGGGGAAUACACCCCGAGAAUAUGA